CACAGAGAUCGAGUGCCGACUGAAAAGCAAGUCGAGAUUGCGCGCUCACCGCGGCAGGGAGGUGUGUGGGGAGCGGGCAAAAUAAAGUUUCCAAGAGGCUUCCCAGGAUCCUGACGUCAAGAGAAGCAAUGGACGGGGAGCUCUCCAGCGGCUGCGCCAACAACGGCGACCAAGAGAAUCCUCUGGCAAAAAUCGCCCCGGCGCCGGACUUGACAUCUCCGAGUCCCUUUAAAGUGUACAAGCGGCGCUGGUUCCUGCUCGCCGUCGUCUGCCUGGUCAGCUCUUCCAACGCGAUGCUAUGGUUGACAUUCGCUCCUGUGGCCGAUCAAACAGCCAAGCGAUUCCACACCACAAUGGACAUGGUCAACUGGCUCUCCAUUGUGUACCUUGUGAUAUCGGUUCCAGUUGGGUUCCUUGCAGUAUGGAUUCUGGACACUGUUGGGCUCAAAUGUGCUGUGCUCCUCUGUGCCUGGCUGAACAUGACAGGAAGCAUCAUCCGCAUUUUCAGCGUUCUCGACUUCCUGAGCCUGGGAUCUCUGAACUUUGCCUACCUCCUCCUGGGGCAGUGCCUUUGCGCCAUGGCCCAGCCACUCAUCAUCUUUUCACCCACCAAACUAGCAGCCCUGUGGUUCCCCGAUCACCAGAGGGCCACAGCCAACAUGAUCGGCUCAAUGUCCAAUCCACUGGGACUCCUCAUAGCUAAUCUCCUGUCACCUGCAAUUGUGCAGGAAGACAAAGAUAUUCCAUUACUGCUUGGUGUGUACGCAGGCCCUGCUGCAUUUGCUUGUGUCUUGGCAACCUUUGGCGUUCAUCAGAAGGUUCCUCCGACACCUCCGUCAGCCAGCGCCUUUCAGUCUGAUUCUCUGUCAUUCUCCGGAGGCCUGAAGAUGCUGCUGCGGAACAAGGCCUACCUCAUCCUGGCCGCCAGCCUUGGGAGUGGGAUAGCGCUAGUCACAUGCUACAGCGCUCUGCUGGAACAGAUCCUCUGUGUGAACGGGUAUUCAGAUUCUUUUGCAGGCAUGUGUGGUGCUUUCUUCACAGUGUUCGGAUUAAUUGGUGCCUUCUUCCUUGGCCUGUAUGUUGACAGGACAAAGAAAUUUACAGAAGUUACCAAGAUCUGCUUUUGUCUAACUGCACUGGCUAGUACUGCAUUUGCAGUGAUGUCUCACUACAGAAACCAGACCUAUGCCGUGGCCACCUUCAGCGCCCUCUUCGGGUUAUUUGGAUUUGCUCUCUAUCCUGUCGCAAUGGAACUAGCCGUCGAGUGCUCUUACCCAGUGGGGGAAGGAACCUCAUCAGGACUUAUUUUCGUGAUGAGCCAGCUGCUAGGAAUGCUGUACAUGUUCUUGUUCCAAAGCCUGGCUGUGAAGAAGGAAGAGGCCCCAUUCUCAACUUGCACUGUAGCCAGCGGCGGAGCGCUAGACUGGACAACUUCCACCCUGGUAAUGGCCGGACUCUCCUGCGCAACGGCCUGUACAUUUGUUGUCAGCUUCCACACGGAUUACAAGAGGAUCUCGGCAGAGACUUCUCGUGGCUGCUCAGUCAACCCAGUGGAAGAUGGUGCAGUGACGGCACAAAGCUGAAAUGCUUCCCGUUGACUUUCAGAGGAACACAAGUGCCUAAAGACAGUCGUUGAUCCCUCAGUGACCUCAGGUGCCACAGCUACAUAAAACAGCAGGAUAAGUUUUAUCUGGACAGAAAUGGAUAGGAGCAAAACUUGCUGCUUAACUAUAGAGCUCCUGCUUCUGAAGUCCAGAUAUGAGUGCGGAUAAUUGCAUAACAAGUACAGCACCAUCUGUACA